AUUACCCACUACAUAAAAAUGUAGUUUUUAUUUGCUUGUGGUUGUAUUAUAAAUACAUAGAAAAUGUUUACCGUUAAUGUAUUAAACAUUUCUAUGAAUGUAAACACUUAUUUGAUAUUUUCCCAGUAAACACAAGAUAUAUAAAUGGAAAAAAAUCACAAUUUCCGAAGACCUCUUUAGACAAUUUAUAAAUUCAGAAUUCUUCAUAAGGGACAGAAUUUCGUUUCAGAGGUUAUUGAUUUUAAUGUGUGUUUCUUACAGAUUUAGUCAGGGCAGUGCCUCUGAUUCUACUACGUACAGCAGACAGAUCAUGUACUAAGUCCUGUUUAAGUGGCACAUAAAUUUAGCGUGCUCUUCGUAGAUAUUGUUUAUUAUAAAAUGAAAAAGACGCUAUGGAAAAGCGCAAAUACUUUUAAGACAAUUAAGAGUGUAGCUACUGUAUUUGCUUCCUGCAAGAGAUUUUAUUUCAUCUUGACUAUCACCAGUACAAUUCAUUAAAUCUCUUUUUACGUUUCAAGUUUACCAUAAAUCUUCUGAAUAUUGGAAAGCCUUUAACAUUUGUAAAUGAUUUAGAAAAUCUAUAAUUCAAAAUUAAGACAUUAGAAUAUAUUUAUUUAUGAACCAGCUAAUGUUUACAUGUACGUGUAUUGUAUAAGCCAAAUAAAACAGGCAGAAAACGGAAAAAGACUCCCGAUUAGGGAAUGGGAGGCGCCGGGGCUGCCGGACACACUGCAAGGGAGGUAAAAGCGUUAAGUGCAGCUGAACCUAUUUCCCAGUGCGAUUCUCCGGCAGGUUGUGUCCCAGGUGCACUGCGGAGGCAUCACUGGUUCUGGCGCUGGUUUCUGUUCUUUUUUAAGGACACCUUGGGUAAAAUGAGGGUCACGCUGACUUGCCUACUCUGCUUCCUGUGUGGUCAUCCAGCUGUCACGGACCCUGAUUCCCGCCAUUCACAUCCUGCAGUGAAUGGGAAAGGGAACGACACCACUUUGUUGGAAAGCCCAUGUAAAGGGAAGCCCCUGGACUUUGUCUUCAUCAUUGACAGUUCCCGUAGUGUGCGGCCCCAUGAUUACGAGAAGGUCAAGGCCUUCAUCAAGAACAUACUGGAAUUCCUGGAUGUGGGUCCUGAAGCUACCCGUGUAGGACUACUGCAGUACGGCAGUGUGGUGCAGAAUGAGUUCUUCCUCCGGGACUUCCAGAAAAAGUCUGACAUGCAGAAGGCCGUGGACGAUAUGAUCCAGCUGGCCAGUGGCACCAUGACAGGUCUGGCGAUCGAGUUCACCAUGAAUGUGGCAUUCUCCGAGGCUGAGGGGGCCCGCUCACCAGACACAAACGUGCCCCGCAUGGCCAUGGUGGUCACUGAUGGGCGCCCCCAGGAUACGGUGCAUGAGGUAGCUGCCAGUGCACGCAGUGCUGGUAUUGAGAUCUUCGCGAUCGGUGUCGGGCGAGUGGACAUGAGUACGCUGCUUGCCAUCGGCAGCGAGCCUCAUGCAGAGCACGUCUUCCUGGUGGCCAACUUCAGCCAGAUUGAGACGCUCACCUCUGUCUUCCAGUCCAAGAUCUGUGGAGGCGCUGGCCUGUGUUCUGUGGUGGACCACAGGUGUGACCAUCACUGUGUCGGUACCCCCACCUCCUACAUGUGCAGGUGUAGGAAAGGCUACGUUCUGAACAGUGACGGAAAAACCUGCCAAGUUAUAGAUCACUGUGACCAGAGGAACCACGGCUGUGAGCAUGACUGCGUCAGCACUCCUGACUCCUACGUCUGUAGAUGUAAAAAGGGUUUCGUACUCAAUGCUGAUGGCAAAACCUGCAGAGAAGUGGACUUUUGUACUUUGGGUACCCAUGGAUGUGAACACAAGUGUGUUAACACCGAAGACUCCUUUCUGUGUCAGUGUCAGGAGGGCUAUACCCUUAAACCUGAUGGAAAAACUUGUAAAAGAAUUGACCUGUGUGCUUUGGGUCACCAUGGAUGUGAACACAAGUGUGUGAACACCGGAGACUCCUAUGAGUGUCAGUGUCAUAAGGGAUACACACUCAACCCUGAUGGAAAAACGUGCAGAAGAAUUGACCUGUGUGUUUCGGGUAUCCAUGGAUGCGAACACAAGUGUGUGAACAUUGAAGACUCAUAUGAGUGUCGGUGUCAUAAGGGAUACAAGCUCAACCUUGAUGAAAAAACCUGCAGAAAAAUUGCCCUGUGUGCUUUGGGUCACCAUGGAUGCGAACACAAGUGUGUGAACACCGGAGACUCCUUUGUAUGUCAGUGUCAUAAAGGAUACACACUCAAUCCUGAUGGAAAAACCUGCAGAAGAAUUGACCUGUGUAAUUUGGGUCACCAUGGAUGCGAACACAAGUGUGUGAACACUGAAGACUCCUUUGUGUGUCAGUGUCAUAAGGGAUACACACUCAAUCCUGAUGGAAAAACCUGCAGAAAAAUUGACCUGUGUGCUUUGGGUCACCAUGGAUGCGCACAUGAGUGCGUGAACACGGAUGGCUCCUAUGAGUGUCGGUGUUAUACAGGAUACACACUUAACGCUGAUGGGAAAACCUGUGAAAGGCCCGAGUGUGGAAAGAUGGACUUAGUGUUUGUAAUCGAUGGCUCCAAGAGCCUGGGACUGGCCAACUUUCAGCUGGUGAAGCAGUUUGUGAACAGCAUCGUGGACUCGCUGAAUGUGUCCCGCGGGCACACGCAAGUGGGACUCCUGCAGUACUCCACCAAGGUGCGCACGGAGUUCUCUCUGGGCCAGUUUUCCUCUGCCCCAGCCAUCAAGCAGGCAGUCUCCCGCAUGCAGUACAUGGCCCGGGGCUCAAUGACAGGCUCUGCCCUACGGCACAUGUUUGAGGUCAGCUUCUCCCCAGAGAGGGGAGCCCGGCCCAGUGUCCACCGCGUCAGCAUUGUGUUCACAGAUGGCCGGUCCCAGGACGACGUCUCCAAGUGGGCUGCCAAGGCACAGGAAUCUGGCAUCGUCAUGUAUGCGGUUGGAGUGGGGAAGGCCAUCGAGGACGAACUCCGAGAAAUAGCUUCCGAGCCAGAUGAGAAGCACUUGCUCUACGCUAAAGACUUCAGCCGCAUGGAUGAAAUCACAAAUAAACUCAAGUCACAUAUAUGUGAAGUAGCUGUCCCAAAGCCUCCUAUCGAAGAUCUGUGCAGAUGUGAGAACAUGAUAUCCUUCCGGAAUCAGGCUGCAGAACAACUGAACAGGCUGAAUCUGAAACUAGAACUUUUGACUAAGAGGCUGGACACUUUGGAGAAUGACUUGGGAGACAACUGAACAACUCUAUCAUGGCAUCUUGGAGGGAGAAACUCAAAGCAGUCUUUCAAAGAAGAAUGCAUCAAAUGUCUAUCGUGAACUAAUUAAAAUG